AUGCAAGGCGCCUCCGCGCUUUUCGCUUAUCACAUCGCUCUAGAAGAAGGCACUGUCACAGUCCCUACACCACCGCCUCCCGAGAGAUUCAACCCAUUUGGAGAGACCAAUUAUCAGGCAAUUGAAGAGCCCAUAUUGAAGGGCAAACUCGGAACCAAUCGUGUUUCACAUAUUGAGUUGGUACAUCUAACAGUGACCAUUGCUCAGGAAUUUCGCUACCAAUUUUGGCCCGUGGACCAGGCCGAUUCUUGGGAUUCUCAAUUUAAAAACUUGGCUCCACAACAGCGAAGCUAG